AUGCUUGUCCCAGUUCACUGGCUUUUCAAGCUGCCAAUCGCAAAGGACCGAGUACGAUUUCUACGCCUGUACAGCGGCGUUUCGUUCGUGUUGGGAAUCGGAAUAGGCUACGCUGCACAUAGACCUGUGUACAAGCCGACGCCGUCAAAACCGUCAUUUUUGUACAAAUUGCACCUGAAGAGACUACUCUGGACGAAUAAAAUUUCACAAAAUGAAUAUGAAAAAUAUUUGGACUUUAAAAAAGUUUAA